UCCAAGAGAAGCCGAGAGCUCUCUUCUACUCUUCUCCUCCAGCUCCGGCGAGGGUAGCCAUGGCGGACAGGUCGGCGUUGCUGCUGGUGGUAGCGGUGGUGCUCUGCACGGCCGGUGGAAUGACGCUCGCCAUCACUGACGGGCUGCUGCCGAACGGAAACUUCGAGCGCGGGCCGGCGGCGUCGCAGCUGCGGGGGACGCAGGUGCUGGGCGCGGCGGCGAUCCCGUCGUGGGAGACGUCGGGGUUCGUGGAGUACAUCCCGUCGGGGAAGAAGCAGGGGGACAUGGUGCUGGUGGUGCCGGAGGGGAGCUACGCGGUGCGCCUGGGGAACGAGGCGUCGAUCCGGCAGCGGCUCGCCGGCGCCGCCCGCGGCGCGCGGUACGCGCUGACGUUCAGCGCGGCGCGGACGUGCGCGCAGGCGGAGAAGCUGAACGUGUCGGCGUCGGGGCAGUCGGCGGUGCUCCCCAUGCAGACCAUGUACAGCAGCAACGGGUGGGACUCGUACGCCUGGGCGUGGGUCGCCGACGCCGACGUGGUCGACGUCGUCAUCCACAACCCCGGCGUCACCGAGGACCCCGCCUGCGGCCCCCUCAUCGACUCCGUCGCCAUCCGCACCCUCAACCCACCUCGCCGCACCAACAAGAACCUGGUGAAGAACGGGGACUUCGAGGAGGGCCCGUACAUCAUCCCGGGGACGAGGUGGGGCGUGCUGAUCCCGUCCAUGGUGGUGGACGACCACUCGCCGCUGCCGGGGUGGAUGGUGGAGUCGCUCAAGGCGGUGAAGUACAUCGACAGCGACCACUUCGCGGUGCCGCGGGGGCGGCGCGCCGUCGAGCUGCUGGCGGGGCGGGAGUCCGCGAUCGCGCAGGUGAUCCGCACGGUCCCCGGGAGACAGUACGCGCUGUCGUUCACCGUCGGCGACGCCAGCAACGGCUGCAAGGGGUCGCUGAUGGUGGAGGCGUACGCCGGGAGGGAGUCGACCAAGGUGGCGUACGAGUCGGCCGGCCGCGGCGGCGCCGCCAGGCGCGCCGUGCUGCCGUUCCGCGCCGCGUCGGCGCGCACCCGCGUCGUGUUCUUCAGCUCGUUCUACAGCACCAGGAGCGACGACAUGAGCUCGCUCUGCGGGCCGGUGCUCGACGACGUCGCCGUCGUCAGCGUGCGCGCGCGGCCGGCGGCGAAGCGCGGCUAGAGUCUAGCAGUCCGCCAUUGCCAAGAUUUUCUUGCUACUUAGCUGCUUAUUAUUUCGUUUUGUAACUUUGUAUGUACACCAAGAAAUUGGUCGAGCCAUGGAAAAUUAAUUUAAGCUUCGAAUA